CUCGGCGACCAAAGGGAGGACCUGGUCUCCUCGGAAAAUCCCAACACGUGGAUUUUCGAUGGUUAUGGUUUGUUAGAAGACAUUCCUCUCCCUGGUGGUGAUCUGCUCUCAGUUGACCCUUCAACCCCAAUCUGGUCAUCUCACUCCCUUACUUGCUCUACUCCUCUUAGUGUUGAAUUUAAUGAAUCGUUUGGGAAUUCAGACAAUCUUGAUGAAACGGGCACGCGAAAACGGGUGAGGUCUGGAACAUGCAGUGCCUCUGGGUCCAAAGCUUGCAGAGAAAAGAUGCGAAGGGAUACGUUAAAUGAUAGGUUCCUGGAAUUGGGUUCUAUCCUAGAUCGUGGAAGGCCUCCCAAAGUGGACAAGGCUGUUACACUGGUUGAUGCUGUUCGGAUGGUUACUCUGUUACGGGAUGAAGCCCAGAAACUUAGGGAGUCAAAUGAGAGUCUGCAGGAGAAGAUUAAUGAGCAAAAGGCUGAAAAGAAUGAACUCCGUGAUGAGAAACAGAGGCUAAAGACUGAGAAAGAGAAUCUUGAGCUGCAAGUCAGGGCCUUGGGUUCUCAGCCAGGAUUCCUACCUCAUCAUCCUGCUAUUCCAACUUCAUUUUCUACCCCAGGCCAAGUUGGUGGCAAGCUGGUGCCUUUUGUUGGUUAUCCUGGACUUUCCGUGUGGCAGUUCUUGCCUCCUGCUGCUGUUGAUACAUCACAGGAUCAUAUUUUCCGCCCUCCAGUUGCAUAAGCUGGCAGGCUGUUUUUUUUUUACUGCCUGAUCAUAAUUUUAUUUGUCAUUGGUCUUGGUGGUUUUCUUUUAGUUUAUACUCUGUACUUUUUACUCCCCACCUUUGGAAGAGUAUGAGAAUUGAAAGCCAAGUUGUGCGAAGCUUGAACUCUGCUUAUCUAUUACUCGGAUAACUUUAAUUUUGUUUAACUAAAUUUGGUGAAUUAUGUUGCCAAACCUUUCGAGCUAGUAUGCUAAACGUUGGAAACCGUUGAUUACAGAGGUGGAUUAUCGGAUCAUGUAGUUACACAAUUUGUGUAAUUCCUACUUAAGUAA